AUGCUUAUUUAUACCCGCGGGAACGCGUCUGCUCAUUCUGUCCAGGAAACCCGCGAUGACGUGGCGCUGUCGCUGUGGAAAGAUGCGAUCAGCGAAGAGCGGAGGCUUCUCCUCAACUGCUCAUUUCUACCGCGGCUAAAACACCUCCAAACCAGCCUCCAUCCCAGAGAAGGCUCCCGCACACGCACUGCGACAUCUCCCCCGCGAAAUGACAGCGGUGUGACCCGGGAUUCGAGCACUUUGCCCCGGGGAAAUCGGCUCGAGAGCUCCAGUAUGUCCAAGCGGCGCUCGUCGGAGAGGGUUGCUGGAGAGACGUCGGGCAGGGCCAGUAAGCUGCAGUGUCCCGGGAUAUCUGGCAACAACGCCAAGAGAGCCGGCCCCUUCAUCCUAGGGCCUCGCUUGGGCAACUCACCCGUACCCAGCAUAGUGCAAUGUCUGGCCCGGAAGGACGGCACCGACGACUUCUAUCAGCUCAAAAUCCUGACUCUGGAGGAGCGGGUGGAUGCUGCCGGAGAGACGCAGGAGGAGCGUCAGGGCAAAAUGUUGCUUCACACAGAAUACUCUCUGCUGUCUCUGCUGCACAACCAGGACGGUGUGGUUCACCACCACGGCCUUUUUCAGGACCGGGCCUACGAAAUAGUGGAAGACGUCGACUCCAACAAAAUCCGCAAAAUGAAGAAGCGCAUCUGCCUGGUGCUGGACUGCCUCUGCGCCCACGACUUCAGCGACAAGACGGCCGACCUCAUCAACCUGCAGCAUUACGUCAUCAAGGAGAAGCGGCUGAGCGAGCGCGAGGCCGUGGUCAUCUUCUACGACGUGGUGCGAGUGGUGGAGGCGCUACAUAAGCAUGGGCUCACUAGCAUGGGCGCACCAGCAUGGGCGCACCAGCAUGGGCUCACCAGCAUGGGCGCACCAGCAUGGGCUCACCAGCAUGGGCGCACCAGCAUGGGCGCACCAGCAUGGGCGCACCAGCAUGGGCGCACCAGCAUGGGCGCACCAGCAUGGGCGCACCAGCAUGGGCGCACCAGCAUGGGCGCACCAGCAUGGGCGCACCAGCAUGGGCGCACCAGCAUGGGCGCACCAGCAUGGGCUCACCAGCAUGGGCUCACCAGCAUGGGCUCACCAGCAUGGGCUCACCAGCAUGGGCGCACCAGCAUGGGCGCACCAGCAUGGGCGCACCAGCAUGGGCGCACCAGCAUGGGCGCACCAGCAUGGGCGCACCAGCAUGGGCGCACCAGCAUGGGCGCACCAGCAUGGGCGCACCAGCAUGGGCGCACCAGCAUGGGCGCACCAGCAUGGGCGCACCAGCAUGGGCGCACCAGCAUGGGCGCACCAGCAUGGGCUCACCAGCAUGGGCGCACCAGCAUGGUCUCUCCAGCAUGGGCGCACCAGCAUGGUCUCUCCAGCAUGGGCGCACCAGCAUGGUCUCUCCAGCAUGGGCGCACCAAUAUGGGCGCACCAGCAUGGGCGCACCAGCAUGGGCUCACCAGCAUGGGCGCACCAGCAUGGGCUCACCAGCAUGGGCGCACCAGCAUGGGCUCUCCAGCAUGGGCGCACCAGCAUGGGCUCACCAGCAUGGGCUCACCAGCAUGGGCUCACCAGCAUGGGCGCACCAGCAUGGGCGCACCAGCAUGGGCGCACCAGCAUGGGCUCACCAGCAUGGGCGCACCAGCAUGGGCUCUCCAGCAUGGGCUCACCAGCAUGGGCUCACCAGCAUGGGCGCACCAGCAUGGGCGCACCAGCAUGGGCUCUCCAGCAUGGGCGCACCAGCAUGGGCUCUCCAGCAUGGGCGCACCAGCAUGGGCUCUCCAGCAUGGACGCACCAGCAUGGACGCACCAGCAUGGGCGCACCAGCAUGGGCGCACCAGCAUGGGCGCACCAGCAUGGGCGCACCAGCAUGGGCUCACCAGCAUGGGCUCACCAGCAUGGGCGCACCAGCAUGGGCGCACCAGCAUGGGCGCACCAGCAUGGGCGCACCAGCAUGGGCGCACCAGCAUGGGCGCACCAGCAUGGGCGCACCAGCAUGGGCGCACCAGCAUGGGCGCCCAGCAUGGGCGCACCAGCAUGGGCGCACCAGCAUGGGCGCACCAGCAUGGGCGCACCAGCAUGGGCGCACCAGCAUGGGCGCACCAGCAUGGGCGCACCAGCAUGGGCGCACCAGCAUGGGCGCACCAGCAUGGGCGCACCAGCAUGGGCGCACCAGCAUGGGCGCACCAGCAUGGGCGCACCAGCAUGGGCUCACCAGCAUGGGCGCACCAGCAUGGUCUCUCCAGCAUGGGCGCACCAGCAUGGUCUCUCCAGCAUGGGCGCACCAGCAUGGUCUCUCCAGCAUGGGCGCACCAGCAUGGUCUCUCCAGCAUGGGCGCACCAGCAUGGGCGCACCAGCAUGGGCGCACCAGCAUGGGCCACCAGCAUGGGCGCACCAGCAUGGGCUCACCAGCAUGGGCGCACCAGCAUGGGCUCUCCAGCAUGGGCUCUCCCCAGCAUGGGCUCUCCAGCAUGGGCUCUCCAGCAUGGGCGCACCAGCAUGGGCGCACCAGCAUGGGCGCACCAGCAUGGGCGCACCAGCAUGGGCGCACCAGCAUGGGCGCACCAGCAUGGGCGCACCAGCAUGGGCGCACCAGCAUGGGCGCACCAGCAUGGGCGCACCAGCAUGGGCGCACCAGCAUGGGCGCACCAGCAUGGGCGCACCAGCAUGGGCGCACCAGCAUGGGCGCACCAGCAUGGGCGCACCAGCAUGGGCUCACCAGCAUGGGCGCACCAGCAUGGUCUCUCCAGCAUGGGCGCACCAGCAUGGUCUCUCCAGCAUGGGCGCACCAGCAUGGUCUCUCCAGCAUGGGCGCACCAGCAUGGUCUCUCCAGCAUGGGCGCACCAGCAUGGGCGCACCAGCAUGGGCGCACCAGCAUGGGCUCACCAGCAUGGGCGCACCAGCAUGGGCUCACCAGCAUGGGCGCACCAGCAUGGGCUCUCCAGCAUGGGCGCACCAGCAUGGGCUCACCAGCAUGGGCUCACCAGCAUGGGCGCACCAGCAUGGGCGCACCAGCAUGGGCGCACCAGCAUGGGCUCACCAGCAUGGGCGCACCAGCAUGGGCUCUCCAGCAUGGGCGCACCAGCAUGGGCUCACCAGCAUGGGCUCACCAGCAUGGGCGCACCAGCAUGGGCUCUCCAGCAUGGGCGCACCAGCAUGGGCUCUCCAGCAUGGGCGCACCAGCAUGGGCUCUCCAGCAUGGACGCACCAGCAUGGACGCACCAGCAUGGGCGCACCAGCAUGGGCGCACCAGCAUGGGCGCACCAGCAUGGGCGCACCAGCAUGGGCGCACCAGCAUGGGCUCACCAGCAUGGGCUCACCAGCAUGGGCUCACCAGCAUGGGCUCACCAGCAUGGGCGCACCAGCAUGGGCGCACCAGCAUGGGCGCACCAGCAUGGGCGCACCAGCAUGGGCGCACCAGCAUGGGCGCACCAGCAUGGGCGCACCAGCAUGGGCGCACCAGCAUGGGCGCACCAGCAUGGGCGCACCAGCAUGGGCUCUCCAGCAUGGGCGCACCAGCAUGGGCGCACCAGCAUGGGCUCUCCAGCAUGGGCGCACCAGCAUGGGCGCACCAGCAUGGGCUCACCAGCAUGGGCGCACCAGCAUGGGCGCACCAGCAUGGGCUCUCCAGCAUGGGCGCACCAGCAUGGGCUCUCCAGCAUGGGCGCACCAGCAUGGGCGCACCAGCAUGGGCUCUCCAGCAUGGGCUCUCCAGCAUGGGCGCACCAGCAUGGGCUCUCCAGCAUGGACGCACCAGCAUGGGCGCACCAGCAUGGGCGCACCAGCAUGGGCGCACCAGCAUGGGCGCACCAGCAUGGGCGCACCAGCAUGGGCGCACCAGCAUGGGCUCACCAGCAUGGGCGCACCAGCAUGGGCGCACCAGCAUGGGCGCACCAGCAUGGGCGCACCAGCAUGGGCGCACCAGCAUGGGCGCACCAGCAUGGGCGCACCAGCAUGGGCUCUCCAGCAUGGUCUCUCCAGCAUGGUCUCUCCAGCAUGGGCGCACCAGCAUGGGCUCACCAGCAUGGGCGCACCAGCAUGGGCUCACCAGCAUGGGCUCACCAGCAUGGGCGCACCAGCAUGGGCGCACCAGCAUGGGCGCACCAGCAUGGGCGCACCAGCAUGGGCGCACCAGCAUGGGCGCACCAGCAUGGGCUCACCAGCAUGGGCGCACCAGCAUGGGCGCACCAGCAUGGGCGCACCAGCAUGGGCGCACCAGCAUGGGCUCUCCAGCAUGGGCGCACCAGCAUGGGCGCACCAGCAUGGGCGCACCAGCAUGGGCGCACCAGCAUGGGCUCUCCAGCAUGGGCUCUCCAGCAUGGGCGCACCAGCAUGGGCUCUCCAGCAUGGACGCACCAGCAUGGGCGCACCAGCAUGGGCGCACCAGCAUGGGCGCACCAGCAUGGGCUCACCAGCAUGGGCUCACCCGCAUGGGCGCACCAGCAUGGGCGCACCAGCAUGGGCGCACCAGCAUGGGCGCACCAGCAUGGGCGCACCAGCAUGGGCGCACCAGCAUGGGCGCACCAGCAUGGGCGCACCAGCAUGGGCGCACCAGCAUGGGCGCACCAGCAUGGGCGCACCAGCAUGGGCGCACCAGCAUGGGCGCACCAGCAUGGGCGCACCAGCAUGGGCGCACCAGCAUGGGCGCACCAGCAUGGGCGCACCAGCAUGGGCGCACCAGCAUGGGCGCACCAGCAUGGGCCACCAGCAUGGGCGCACCAGCAUGGGCGCACCAGCAUGGGCGCACCAGCAUGGGCGCACCAGCAUGGGCGCACCAGCAUGGGCGCACCAGCAUGGGCGCACCAGCAUGGGCCACCAGCAUGGGCGCACCAGCAUGGGCGCACCAGCAUGGGCGCACCAGCAUGGGCGCACCAGCAUGGGCGCACCAGCAUGGGCGCACCAGCAUGGGCGCACCAGCAUGGGCGCACCAGCAUGGGCGCACCAGCAUGGGCGCACCAGCAUGGGCUCUCCAGCAUGGGCUCUCCAGCAUGGGCGCACCAGCAUGGGCUCUCCAGCAUGGACGCACCAGCAUGGGCGCACCAGCAUGGGCGCACCAGCAUGGGCUCACCAGCAUGGGCUCACCAGCAUGGGCGCACCAGCAUGGGCGCACCAGCAUGGGCGCACCAGCAUGGGCGCACCAGCAUGGGCGCACCAGCAUGGGCUCUCCAGCAUGGUCUCUCCAGCAUGGGCGCACCAGCAUGGUCUCUCCAGCAUGGGCGCACCAGCAUGGGCUCACCAGCAUGGGCUCACCAGCAUGGGCUCACCAGCAUGGGCGCACCAGCAUGGGCGCACCAGCAUGGGCGCACCAGCAUGGGCGCACCAGCAUGGGCGCACCAGCAUGGGCGCACCAGCAUGGGCGCACCAGCAUGGGCGCACCAGCAUGGGCGCACCAGCAUGGGCGCACCAGCAUGGGCGCACCAGCAUGGGCGCACCAGCAUGGGCGCACCAGCAUGGGCGCACCAGCAUGGGCGCACCAGCAUGGGCGCACCAGCAUGGGCGCACCAGCAUGGGCGCACCAGCAUGGGCGCACCAGCAUGGGCGCACCAGCAUGGGCGCACCAGCAUGGGCGCACCAGCAUGGGCUCUCCAGCAUGGGCUCUCCAGCAUGGGCGCACCAGCAUGGGCUCUCCAGCAUGGACGCACCAGCAUGGGCGCACCAGCAUGGGCGCACCAGCAUGGGCUCACCAGCAUGGGCUCACCAGCAUGGGCGCACCAGCAUGGGCGCACCAGCAUGGGCGCACCAGCAUGGGCGCACCAGCAUGGGCUCUCCAGCAUGGUCUCUCCAGCAUGGGCGCACCAGCAUGGUCUCUCCAGCAUGGGCGCACCAGCAUGGGCUCACCAGCAUGGGCUCACCAGCAUGGGCUCACCAGCAUGGGCGCACCAGCAUGGGCGCACCAGCAUGGGCGCACCAGCAUGGGCGCACCAGCAUGGGCGCACCAGCAUGGGCGCACCAGCAUGGGCGCACCAGCAAGGGCGCACCAGCAUGGGCGCAGGGCGCACCAGCAUGGGCGCACCAGCAUGGGCGCACCAGCCGUGAACAGCUAAACAGAACCAAAAAUAUCGUGCACAGAGACCUCAAGCUUGGAAACAUGGUGCUGAACAAACGGACUCAUAGGAUCACCAUCACAAAUUUCUGUUUGGGAAAGCACCUGGUGAGCGAGGACGACUUGUUGAAAGACCAGAGAGGAAGUCCCGCCUACAUCAGCCCCGACGUCCUCAGUGGUCGACCGUACCGCGGGAAGCCCAGCGACAUGUGGGCCCUCGGCGUGGUCCUCUUCACCAUGCUCUACGGACAGUUCCCCUUCUACGACAGCAUACCUCAGGAACUGUUCCGAAAGAUCAAGGCUGCAGAGUAUUCCAUCCCAGAGGACGGCCGUGUGUCCGAGAGCACCGUGUGUCUGAUCAGGAAACUGCUGGUUCUGGACCCUCAGCAGCGGCUCACUGCAGGAGAAGUUCUGGAGUCCCUCAGCGCCAUCAUUGCCUCUUGGCAGUCUAUUUCCUCCAUGAGUGGCCCCCUGCAGGUGGUUCCAGACAUCGACGACCAGAUCACUCACGUGGAACACCUGCAGGAUGCCAAGGCGAUCGAGGAGUCUUCACAGUACGAGUUUGAGAACUACAUGCGGCAACAGCUGCUUCUGGCUGAGGAGAAGAACACUAUUCAUGAGGCCAAGAGUUUCCUCAGUAAGCGGCAGUUUGGCAGCAUCCCCCCCGUGAGGCGCCUGGGUCACGACGCUCAGCCUGUCAACCCCCUGGACGCCGCCAUCUUGGCACAACGGUUCCUCCGCAAAUAA